AUGCCUGCCAUCAACGUCACCCUCAAGGAAGGCGCCAGCGCCGAGGAGCUGGACAACGCCAAGAAGUCCGUUCAGGACCAGGGCGGCAAGGUCACCCACGAGUUCAAGCUGAUCAAGGGCUUCACUGCCGAGUUCCCCGAGGGCACCGUCCACUCGCUUGCGACGAACGAGCACGUCACCGUCGAGGCCGAUCAGGUAGUCAAGACCCAGUAG